UUGAAAAGUUUCUCUAUGAAAUUUAAAAAAGAGCUUUAAAAAAGUUAAGCUUAACAAAAAGUGUAAUUUGUUAAUAAAAAUUAAUGUUAAAUCUCAAGAAAAACAAAAACAACAACAACGAAAAUAAAGCUUGGAAUUGCUACUCAAUGUUCUCAAAAAUUUAAAAAAACAUAACAACAACAACGAUAAUAAACUGCAAAACAAAAAACCUGUCAAACAAGUUAAGAAAUAAAUAUGAAAUAAAACAAAAUAAUAAACUUAAAAAAGAGGCAAAAAUAACCAAAAAAUUUAAUUUAACACAACCCAUUUAUUUGCCAACUGACAGCAACAACAAAAUACAACGAAAACCAAAAAAAAAAGCACAACAAAACAUUAAGAAAAAGCCCCCCUCCCGAUUUUUGCUAAUAUUUCUUUAAAACUGGAUUUUGUUACGAAAAACCAAAAUAUUUAUUAUACAUAGUUGUUUUUCUUUUAAACGCCCACUGUUAGAAAAACAACAACAACAAAUACAACAACACAAAUCCAUGUUGUUCAUUUAGCAAGCAGACUCAAGACAAAAAAGAAACAGGCUGUUUUUUGUCUGAUCCCCAUUUUUCACAACUUCCAUUUACACACUUCCCUGCUUCCACCCAGCACUCUUUUACAUUACAACAAAACACCAAGCAACUCUUUGUACUCCAUCCACUCUGUCUUACUCUGCUGGUCUGCCAUAAAAGGAAACAAACAUUAAGUUUUGUAACAGUGUAAAGCGUGUGUGUGGCUGUUGUUUUUGGUCGCCAUCGUCGAAGAGUUGUUGUCUCUAAGAACAAUUUUGCAAACAAUUUUGUUGUUGUUUGCUAAACAAAAAAGCCUUGGUUCUUUUUAUAAAUAUUGGUCGGUGGCUCUGUCUGUCUGUCUGUCUUCCGUCAUCGUUGUCGUGUGCCCGUCUUAGAUUUUUUUGCAACGUUGGAGUCUUAAUUUGAAGGUGGCAUUUUAUACAGAAGGCGCCGAACGUCGUUGGGUUCGACAAGCCGUUAUGGGGGUACUUAGGUGGCGCGAUCUACCCGGAUCGCGAGUUUCGGUUGGCUCAUCAAAUCACACAAAUAACAAUCAUGCUAACAAUAACAACAACAAUAGAGGAGGAGAGACGCAUCACCGCAAUUCAAAUGAUGAACGUGUACCCAACCCACAUUCACCUCAUGACAUUAACGCUAGUAAUAACAUGCACAUUGUCACACCUCAUAGUUUGCAGCAUUCUGCUUCACGCUCUACCAUGAGACAUUCCAUGUCGAAUUCCUCUAGUAGCACACCCGCUUCUCCUCAGCUAAGUGGCAUCAUCACUGCCAGCGGUGGUCAACUGUUAUCGAAUGGUCACCACUACCAAUCACAAUCAUCGUCACAAUCAUCAAUAAUCUCAACGAUACCAGCGUCACAGCGUGUGCUGGAGGAUGUACUGGGCAAGGGUGCGCCGUAUCCCAUGAUCUGUCUGCCAACGAACGGCUAUUGGGUCGAUGGUACCGAUCACGAGUGCACCUAUGACUCGAGGGGCAGUCCCAUGUUGCCGCAAACCACCUGGAUGGCCAAAUUCGAAACAGACGAUACGGCCAAAUGCUAUCGUCGAUUUUAUGCUGCCCGAGAACACUCCAAUUUGGUGGGCUAUGAUGAACAAUUAGGCCCAGUCUUGAUCUCUAUUAAAACGGAAAAUGUGGCCAAUCAGGAGCACAUACGUAUCUUGAUGCGUCUGAGAACUGGCACUAUGCACGAAUUGAUACCGGUGUCGUGUCUGGGUCCUUCUCCCAGUCCCAACAAAAUGGUUCAUUUGUUAAACGAUCAAAUCAACGUAGACAGUUUUAUGCCUGUUAUCUGCCCCAAGGCUUCUCAGCUGAUCGGUGUGUACGAUGAACACGUUCUAGUAUCGAAUUUCAAAUUCGGUAUACUUUACCAAAGAUAUGGCCAAACUACCGAGGAAGAGCUGUUCAGCAACAAUAAUUCUUCGGCCGCUUUCGAGGAGUUUUUGGACGUAAUCGGUCAACGUAUUAAGCUUAAGGAUCACAAGGGCUACAGAGGUGGAUUGGAUAUACAAAAUGGUCACACUGGAGAUACGGCUAUUUAUGAAGUGUUCAAGGAGCGUGAAAUAAUGUUUCACGUUUCAACCAUGUUGCCCUAUACGGAGGGUGACCCACAACAGUUGCAGCGUAAACGUCACAUUGGCAAUGAUAUAGUCGCGAUCGUAUUCCAAGAGUCGAAUACGCCUUUUUCGCCCGACAUGAUUGCCAGUCACUUCUUGCACGCCUUCAUCGUAGUACAGCCCUUGGAGCCCAAUACCCCCAACACACGUUACAAGGUCAGUGUGGCGGCCCGCGAUGAUGUACCCUUCUUCGGUCCCACCCUUCCUAACCCCGCUGUUUUCCGCAAGGGUCAGGACUUCAAAGAGUUUCUUUUGACAAAACUAAUCAAUGCUGAGAACGCUUGCUACAAGGCCGAAAAGUUUGCUAAAUUAGAGUUACGAACUCGCACGUCUCUUUUACAAAAUCUGGUAGACGAAUUAAAAGAGAAGACUAGAGAGUUUCUGGGUGCCGAUUUGGUUGGCCAAAUGGCUGCCAGUCCCACCCCAGAAACGCCCAAAGCCGAUAAUACCACUGCGGGAUCACGUUUUAUUGAUACAGUCAAGAAAGCUUUGAUUUCGCGUGUACGCUCUCAGAGUGUAGAUACCAGUAAUUUGGCGAGUGUUGACAAAUUCUGUGUUUCCACGAAAAUGAAUUCCUCGGCCACCAGCACGAAUUCGAAGAAGGACACGAGUUUAACAGAGACGCCUAAUUUAAAUACUUGUAGUCGUACUGCUUCCAAAUCUUCUUCGAAAUCAAAAUCUUCUAAUGAUUCAACUUCAUCCUCACCCGACAUCACAUCCCGAGGUCCCUUAAACAACGGCACGAUGAACAACAACAAUGGCCAUUGUUCGUUAACAAACAACAGCAAGGAUUUACAAAACGGAAAUAAUUCCAACAACGGUGGCUCAGCGAACAACUGUGGCGGCGCUGCUGCAACUAUGUCCGAAACUAGUGAUGAUUCCAGCUUAAACAGUGUAGAUCUAGAUCCAAUGAUGGGUCAUAUGGACGGCGGUGCAGCCUACAUUGACAGUGAUACUGGCUUGGAGUCCAUGUCUUCGGCGGAGGCUACCACAAAAGCCUGCUCUUUGUGUUUGGAUGGUUCACAGGGUAUGAUGGGUUCAUCGCCCAGCAAUGAAACUAUGGUUAUGAUUGAGAAUCUGAGACAGGAGGUGACCAGACUAAAAUGUGACAAAUUAGAUUUGUUGAGACAGAAUGUGACUUGCCAACGUGACAUUAAACGUCUGCGUGAACGAGAACUUUCCCUACAAGGUGAUUUGGCAGCAGCCGGUAAAGAAAUUUUACGCCUAAGAGAUCUUCUCAAAGAAUACAUGCCCGAUUUGGCAGCAUCGCCACUUUCGAUUUCUCCCAUUUAAGCUGAAGCUAGGAUGCAAUGAAAUUCAAAUAUCGGCUAUUAAACAACAACGAGUAUCUAAGAAGAGAUUUCCAAAUGUAUUAUUGCUAAAAGAGGAAAAAAACAUAAACGAAAAGAAAAAUUUGCCUAGCAAAUUCUACCAAUUGUGCCGUGUAAAACACUUUGCAAACAAACAAACUAAAACAAAAUGCUAAGCACAAAAACCAAAACCUUUAACAAUCUGUGAAUCCCGGGGGAAUAAUGUUAUUUUUUUGAAAAAGAUAAAGAGGUUGACGAGCAACCACAACACAAAAUUAAAACAUUUAAUUUAUAUAAUAUUAUUUUUUUUAAAUUUAAUUUUAUUUAAUACAUUAUUAACAUUAAACAUUUAACAUUUAACAUAAUGAAAUGAAAUGUAAUAAGUAAAGAAAACAUACACCACACCAACACAAAUAUCUACACCAAAAAUAUAAUUUAAGUUUUAAAUUUAAACAACUACUGCAAAGAAAAAAGAAAAUUUAUGAAAUUUAAGACACAACAAAAAAUCCCUAUACUCUAAAUUGAAAUUAAAAGAAUAAAUGAAAUCUCUCAUCAGUUUAAUACAAUUCAAGGUAAAAAUUUAUAUAAUUUUUGAAAGAAAAAAGUAUUAGCGAAAAAUUAUUUUGAAAAUUGUAGGGAAAAAAUUAUAUAAAUGGUAAAAUAUUAAAGAUAGAUUUGUUAAGACUGCAGGUUUUUCAAUAAAAAUUAUUUGAGAAUCUUGCAAGGCGUUAACUAAAUGUAUUCAUUGUAAAGAAAUUAAAAACAUGAGCUUGUUUUGAAAGUUGGAAGAUAAAAUGCUAAAUCCACUAUUAACAGUAUUUAACAAUUACAAAAAGCAUAAUAAAAUCUGUAGCACUUAAUUAUUAAAGCAAAACCAGAAAAUCUUGAAAAACUAUAAAAGUUUAAACAAAUUUAAAUACUAAUGUAGAAAAUUAUAUACCAAAUAAUAGAAAUAUAUGAAAUCAUAACAACAAUAUUUUUGUUUUAUAUUAUUAUUAAAUACAUACAUACAUACUUUACUAUUAUUUUUCAAAUGUUCUUUAAACUCUGAUAAAUCAUCAUUAUAGUAAACUCUAACAAAAAACAAAGCCUUUAAUAUUUCUAAAGUACAUUCAUUCAUUCAUACAUAUAAUAACUAAAACCAGACAUUUAUCUCUUAUAUUGUACUAAAACAUUAAAAUACAAACAUACAUACUACCAUUUAUAUACAAUUUAUAUCCAUCUAUUUCUUGUAAUAUUUAGUUUUAAACUCCAACCCUUUUGUAUAUACUUUUUUAUGGAAAAACUAUUUUAUGAUUUUUUUUUAUUAUUAUUAUUAAAACUACAUUUAUUUAUAUAUAUAUAUAUUUUGAGAAACAUGUUUUAUUUCUAUAAUCUUUAUUAUAAACACUUAUAUAGAAAUAAUAGAAAACAAAUCGUAAUUAAGUUUAGUGCAUAUAUAGGUAAGGAGCAAGUGUAAACAAACAUACAUACCCACAAAUUAUGCAAAUAUCCAUAAUAAAAAUUUCGUUAAAAAGAAUUUUGUAAUUUAAUAUGAGAAAUGUUAUAAAACAAAAAAAAAAGUUUUUGAAAUAUAUUUACUAUGAAAUACUGAAAUAUUUAUUAAAUAUUUCCUCAAAAUUAAAUAAAAAAAGAAAAAGUAAUACAACGUUGUUUUCUAAUAUUUUCUCUCAAAUGCAUAUUAUACUCACAAAAUUUAAAUGAAAAACAAAAAAAUGAAGAAACGUAGAAAGUCACAAUUCUUUUUUUUUUAUUGUUAAUUUUGUUUGUUAAUCAUCAUUCUUCAUACAAUUGAAAUCGAAUUAUUUUCCAAUUCGUUUGUUCUCCAAAUGUUUUUUUAUUUGCAUUUAAAUUAUUAAUUACAAAUUUAAAGAAAAAAGAAAGAAGUACAGGAACUGUUUUUUUGUUAAAACUUUUUUAUAUUCAUAUUUUUAUUAUUAUUAUUAAUUAUUAUGUAGUUUAUAAGAUUAGAGAGACAUUAACAUGUUAAGCAUAUGUAGAAGUAUAUACAAACAAUAUAAAAAACAAAACAAGUAUAACUAUACAUACAUUCAUAUGUAUAUGAUGUACAUACAUACAUACAUACAAAAAUAAAACAAAAUACAUUUUCAAAAUGCAUGCAAAAAUGAGGUAGAAUAAAAAAGCCUACAUACAAAACAAUAUUAAGCAAAAUUAUUCAACUUUUUUUUUUAUAUAGCAAGAUGAAAAGUACAUUCAUUCAUAAUGAUGAAAUAUUAAUAAAAUCAAACAAAUAUAAUAAUUUAAUGAAAACUAAAAGAAAA